AUGCCACCUUCAGAAGAUGAAGAAGAGGACUAUAUGUCCAUGGUCAUCGAAGAACCCAAGCAGAAAGAAACCUUCACUCAAAAAAAGCGCCGGCAGCAACGCGAGGCCGAAACACGCGCAAAAGUCCCCUCCAAAGCCGAACGCGCAGCCCAAGAAGCCGCCCGCCGCGAUGCCGCCCUCAUGACCAACACCCUCGACCCCUCGAACAAGGGAUUCCAGAUGAUGGCCAAGCUCGGUUUCAAGCCUGGCCAGGCAUUGGGAAAGCAAACACCACCGCCAUCAGAGAAGCCACAUGGCCAGGACGCAGCGGCAAGAGUGCGCGACGACAAGCGAACCGAGCCGCUGAAUUUGGUGUUCAAGGAAGAUCGUGGGGGCAUUGGGCUGGAUAAUGAGAAGAAGCGCAAGAUCAAAGAGGAGGCGGAAGAGGCGAUGAAGAAGGUUAAGCAUGAGGAGGGCGAUUAUCGGGAUCGGGUGCGAGUCGAGCGCGAGACGAGACGGGCUGAGGCGCAAUUCCAUGCGGCGCAAAAGGUUGCAGAGAGGUUAGAUACUGAGGCAGAGGAAGGGGAAUGGGAUAAUGGUGAGAAGGAUUGCGGUGACGACAAAAACGAGGAGGAAGCAGACUACAGAGGCGACAACGAAGAAAAAGAAAAGAAGACCAAGACGCAGAAGAAAGUCAAACCAACCUCCCAAAUUAACCUCCUCUACCGCGGCCUCGUCCGCCAACGUGAAGAAAGAGAGCGCAACCUUCACCUCCGGCACGCCCUCCAAACCUCCCUUCCAUCAUCUUUCUUCCCCGACCCGAAAUUACCCGGCUACGACGACCCAACCCUCGAGCGCGAAGACCGCGAGGCAACUGAUCCGCAAGCGCGCGGGGAAGGAUACGCAAGCAGUGUUCUCGAACAAGAUGUGGAGGAGGAGGAUCCAGAACUAGAUGAGUUUAAUGCGCUCGAGCCGCAGGAACGGCUCCAUAAGCUGGUCUUGUAUCUGCGAGAGAAGCAUUGGUAUUGCUUCUGGUGUAAAUGUCGCUAUGAUGAUGAGACCAUGGAGGGAUGUCCGGGAUUGACGGAGGAGGAUCACGAUUGA